UAGACUACCAGCAGGACAGAGGUUAACAGCAUAAUUGUCAGUGUUUGGUAAAGUAUUAUAUUUAAAGGGUUUUUGUAGUCUCUGCCAUUAGCAAUCACAACAACAGCUCCAACAAGCUGCAGAAAGAUGAUGGACUUUGUGGCUGGAUGCAUAGGAGGUGCUGCUGGAGUCUUGGUUGGACACCCGUUUGACACAGUAAAAAUCAGGCUGCAGGUCCAGAAGUUCGAUAAUCCGCUUUAUCGUGGAACGUUCCACUGUUUCAAGUCUAUUGUCAGACAGGAGUCGGCGUUUGGUUUAUGUAAAGGCAUUGGAUCUCCCAUGAUAGGCCUGACAUUCAUCAGUGGAAUCGUGUUUGGUGUCCAGGGCAACGCCAUGCGUCUGCUUGGAGAGGACACCCCUACACACCAAUUUAUCACUGGUGCUGCUGCAGGAACCAUGCAGUCCGUCAUCUGCUGCCCCAUGGAGCUAGCUAAAACCCGUAUGCAAAUGCAGGGCACCGGGCAGAAGAAGUCGUCUUCUAAGAAUCUGUACAAGAACUCCCUGGAUUGUUUGUUGCACAUCUACAGACGAGAGGGUCUGCCGGGCAUCUACAGAGGAAUGGUCACCACGCUCGUCCGUGAAGCGCCUGGCUUCGGCGUGUAUUUCUGGACCUACGCUGUGCUGACACAGAGCCUGGGCUGUGAGCCCAGCGACAGCUACAUGAUCCCCAAACUGCUGUUUUCCGGCGGCAUGGCUGGCAUCGCCUCUUGGAUCGUCAUCUAUCCAGUAGAUGUGAUCAAAUCUCGGCUGCAGGCGGACGGGGUGGGCAGAGUCAACCAGUAUAGCAGCAUCGCAGAUUGCGUACGACAGAGCGUGAGGAAGGAGGGUUAUAUGGUGUUCACGCGAGGCCUCACCUCCACGGUGCUACGAGCCUUCCCUAUGAACGCGGCCACCUUCGCCACCGUCAGUCUGGUGCUGAUGUACGCCUGCGGUGAGGAGGAGGGCCCUGAAGACUGAGCCGGCUCAUCCCGACCAACACACGCACUAUUCCGGGGUGUAACUGCAGAGGUCAAACCUUCAGCCAGGGCACCUUAAAGGGUUAGCAUCAUGUAUUUUCCUGCCACGUACUGCCAUUGUAUAUCACAAUGGCCCCAUUGAGCCGUUAUGCAAUAAAAUGGCAGAAGUUGUUAUAAAAAUACUCUCUGUAUCAAAUAUGACUCAAAAGAAAUUUGACUUUGCAACUCGAUGCCUUAAAAUUUGGCCUGUCUCUCUUUCUGUAACUCUGCCUUCAGAAAGUCAUUACAACAUUGCUCCUCUAUCAACCCUUUACCAAUCUUUUUACCAACGGAUCACUGGGUUUUUCCACACCUGAUAGGUUUGACUGGGGACCAAAACUGCAACAUUUGUUGCAUUUUCAGCUGCUGUGGUUCGCAUUCACACUGCACGGUGUCAAAUGAUCCAAACUAUCUGGAAAACCUCAUCCCCCCAUCGCCUGUGGUGGUGCUGCACCACGAUCUACUGAAGGAAUCGACACAAAACCUCUGAAGAAGAUCAGCUCAACUUCCUUCUUCAUAAAAUGCUGAGAAAAUUGCUGAUGUUUUGAAAUGUAAAAUAUGCUUUCCGCCUUGAUAUAAAUUUAUAAACAGUUUUGUUUCUGUCAAGAUGCAA